CGUCGAGUUCAGGUCGCCAACAUGAUAAUCCGCUCCGCCCUCAUUGCCGCUGUCGGUGCUCUUACGUGCGGCAUCGCGUCCGGCCUCGAGACUUUUGAGCGAAACCUCAUCUUCCAGCCACCCGACAACUACACUGACCCUCGCGUCCUAUAUCCUCGUACCGUCCAGCUCAUCGACGGCCGUCUUCUCGCUACUUGGGAGAACUACUCCCCGGAGCCCCCCCUGGUCUGGUUUCCAAUCUACGAGUCCCUCGACGGCGGCCUUACAUGGGAAGAGGUCGGCCAGGUCCACGACCAAGUCAACAACUGGGGCCUGCGCUACCAGCCUUUCCUGUAUGAGCUACGGCAGGACUUUGCUGGCUUUCCUGUCGGGACCAUUCUCCUGGCUGGGAACAGCAUCCCCACCGACCUCAGCGAGACCCAAAUCGACCUGUAUGCUUCGCGGGACAAGGGUCGCACCUGGGAGUUCCUCUCCCACGUUGCGCGUGGCGGCCGUGCCAUUCCUAACAAUGAGGAGACCCCGGUGUGGGAACCAUUCAUUCUUAUCUUCGAGGAUGACCUGAUUCUGUACUACGCCGACCAACGCUCGUCUGAGCAUGGGCAAGAAAUCUCCCAUCAGACGACCAAAGACCUUAAGAAUUGGUCAGACGUCGUCAUCGACGUAACCUACCCAAGGUACACCGACCGCCCCGGCAUGCCAUUCAUCACCCAGCUAGCCAACGGCGACUAUAUGUACACAUUUGAAUACGGCGGUGCCGACAUUAUCACUCCCUACUCGUUCCCCAUCUACUACCGAAUCGCCAAGGACCCCCGCAAGUUCGCGGAUGCUCCCGACCAUUAUAUCAAGAGCACCAACGGCGGUGUCUUCCCUAUUAACAGCCCCAAUGUCGUCUGGUCUCCCGUCGGUGGCUGUAACGGCACAAUUAUCGUCAGUAGCAACACCGCUCCUCUCUUUAUCAACCGCCGUGGCGGUGAACCCGACGCUUGGGUAGCCUACGACUCCCCCGAACCCGGCGCCUACACGCGCAAUGUGCGUGUGUUCGAGGAGGACCCUGAUUACCUGAUCAUUAUGGGAGCUGGUGUUUUGCCUCCUAGUACUACAAAUAAAGUCACCGUCAGCGUGCUCAAACUUAGCAAUCUCCUCGGCCUCAAGCAAGCAUAAUUAUUUUUAAAAAUAUCAAAUAUUGUUAAGUAUACUCUCCGCUUAGAGGGGCGUUUAUUAUGGUUUAUAAAGGGCAUAAUAAAGAAUUUAUUUGUGAUUAUUCAAGGUUAUUCAUGCUGUUGAGUGUGUUAGUGACAGUGCGGUGGUACCUGUAACUUUGGAGCUACGUAAUACUGAAAAAGAAUCAAAGGGACUUACCAUGAUAUCCUCUUGAAAUAUGCGGUCAUUGAUGUAAUACUUUUUCUGGGUCUCAAGCUGUGGAGGCGCGAUGCAAUGGACAGAGCAAUAUAUGCGUAUCCCAUCGGGCGCAAACAGACCUCACUAACCCCGGUGAGGGGUAGGGGCAAAUCAGGCCACAGCAAUUAACGCCAAAAGCCAAUAGUUUCAAGGUACUUCUAUUAAUAUAGCGUUUUGCCUAUGCCAAAGGUACUAGUAAUCUUUACCUUUAUAUAAC